CUCUAGCUACACAAAAAAAGAAGAAAAUAAUAAAGGCAAAAGUGAAUCAGAAUAAAGAAAUUCAUGAGAAAAUUCUUCAACAUUAGACCACUUACCACGCGAAUACCCAUCUCUCUCACUGUAUAUACAUUUUUUUUGGUCUAUAAAACAUUUUUUUGUCCCUUUUUUUUUCUCCCUUAAAUUUAGGUCAAUUCUCUCUCUCUCUCUCUCUCUCUCUCUCUUUUCAUUAAUUCUCUGUUAAUUUCCUUGUUCUUCCCUUUACAUUUCCCAGAAAAAUCUUCACCCUUUAAUUCUGCUUCUUUUUAAUAUCCUUUUCCUUGAAUUCUCCUAAACUUUCUUGAAUUCUGGCUCUAAUUUCUCAAUUCUAUUUAAAAAAUAGCCUUUUUGAAGAGAUUUAGCUCAUAGGGUCUUCAUAAAUCUCAACUUUCUUGAUUUUUGCCUCUAAUUUCUCAAUUCUAUUGAAAAAUAGCCUAUAUGAGUAGAUUUAGCACAUGGGGUCUUCAAAAAUUUCAACUCUCUUAGCUCAGAUUAUUGGUUUGAUAAAUUCUUGGUGAGGUUUGAGAAUUUUCAAUUUUUUUUUUCUUAGCUCAGAAUUUUGUAGGCAAAAAUAAAAUAAAAAUGGCAAGUGGUUUAAUUGAGUCAAGUGUUGAAAAUCGUCGUUUUGGUGAUCUAAGAGGUGUACAGUGGCGUAUUGAUUUGGAGAUUUUGCCUAAUUCAUUAUCUUCAACUAUUGAUGAUCUUAGACGUGUCACAGCUAACACACGUAGAAGGUAUGCUUCUUUGAGAAAACAGCUUCUUAUUGAUCCGCAUGUUCCUAAAGAUGGAAGUAAUUCUCCUGAUCCUGUUAUAGACAAUCCACUGUCACAAAACCCUGAUAGUAUGUGGGGUCGCUUCUUCAGGAAUGCUGAACUGGAGAAGAUGGUUGACCAGGAUCUUUCGCGUUUAUAUCCUGAGCACGGUAGCUACUUCCAGACGCCUGGAUGCCAAGCCAUGUUGAGGAGAAUUCUGCUACUUUGGUGCCUUAGACAUCCAGAGUAUGGUUACAGACAAGGGAUGCAUGAACUGUUGGCCCCAUUUCUUUAUGUUCUUCAAGCUGAUAUGGAGCAUCUUUCUGAAGUGAGGAAUCUUUAUGAGGAUCAUUUUGCUGACAAAUUUGAUGGGUUCUCAUUUCAUGAAAAUGAUUUGACAUAUAAAUUUGAUUUUAAAAAGUUUUCGGAAUCCGCGGAAGAUGACAUUGGAUCUGAGAAGAGUCCAGGGAGAACUACUAGUUUAAGUGAACUUGAUCCAAAAGUUCAACAAGUUAUUUUAUUAAGUGAUGCAUAUGGCGCCGAAGGUGAGCUUGGUAUUCUUCUAUCUGAGAAGUUCAUGGAGCACGACGCGUAUUGUAUGUUUGACGCUCUGAUGAGUGGAGCUGGUGGUGCCGUUUCUAUGGCACAAUUUUUCUCUCCUUCACCAUAUGGUAGUUCGCAUACUGGAUACCCCCCAGUUAUUGAAGCCUCAUCAGCGUUAUACCAUUUGCUUUCACUAGUUGAUUCCUCCCUCCACAGUCAUCUUGUCGAGCUAGGAGUUGAACCGCAAUAUUUUGCACUUCGUUGGUUACGAGUAUUAUUCGGACGUGAAUUUGCACUUGAGGACCUAUUGAUAAUCUGGGAUGAAAUAUUUGCGUGUGACAACAAGAAGUUGGAAAAACCUUGUGAAAAUGAUGCUGACUCCGGCUCUGGAGUCUUAAAUUCACACAGAGGAGCAUUUAUAUCAGCUUUUGCAGUUACUAUGAUACUUCAUUUGAGGUCUUCAUUGCUUGCGACCGAGAAUGCUACAACGUGCCUCCAGAGAUUGCUAAAUUUUCCAGAAGAUAUAAAUCUAGGAAAACUGUUAGCUAAGGCAAAAUCAUUGCAGGCUCUGGCAGUGGAUGCGAACAAUUCAGCCCCAUUAAUUGAUUAUAAUACUGGAGUCUAUGGUAGAAGUCAGUCAACGGUUGUAAGAGGUCACAGCCAUUCCGUUGAUUUAAGCUCCCCAAAAACUCCACUUGGUUCUGUAGUACCUGAAAGUUAUUGGGAAGAAAAGUGGAGAGUUUUACACAAGGAAGAAGAGAGCAAGCAAAAUAGUGCAGAGAAACAAGUUCCCACUCGAAGAAAAGGCUGGUCCGAGAAGGUGAGGAUGCGUCUUACUAGAACCGAGUCUGAUCCGACCCCAUCUAAAGUUGAUAGUGGAAGAAAAAUUCCCAAGUCAUCAGUGAGGAGAAGUUUGUUGAAAGACCUUGCGCAGCAGCUUGGCGCUGAUGAAGAUGCAGAAAAGCUUAUUGAUGAUGAAACUAUAGAGGAGCAGGAAGAUCCAGUUGAUAUUGUCGGGCAAGAUGAUAAUAAUGGAAAUUAUACCUGCACAUCUGAACAGUCGGGCUCCACUGGAAGUGCUGCUAGUGAACAGAAUUCUUCUAUCUUCUCAGAUCCACCAAGCCCUAUUAGUGGUGCAAAUGAUCAUGGAAAUAGAUCUGAAAGAAGUAGUGUUGCGUCAAAUUUCUCAGCCGAUGAAAAUGAUGUUGAUGGCAAUAGUGCUGAGGCAUCUUGUACUAAUCUGGAAGUCCCACCUCUCCCCAGUUCCGUUCCUCCUCAGGAGACCUCGGUAAAAUCUGAACAAAGUGUUGACUCUGGGGGGAAGGGUCCAGCAGGCUUGAAGGAGCGGAAACUUCUAUCUGGUAAAUUUCAGUGGUUAUGGAAAUUUGGACGAAAUGGCGGUGAGGGGACAUCCGAAAAAUGUGUCUGUGAUUCCACAGAAGCCGACAAUUGUGGGAAUACUCCACGCGAUCCUGCUGUAUCUUCCACUGCUGAUACAUCUAAUAACAGUGGAGUUAGCAAAGGAGAAUCUGUAGACCAGAAUUUAAUGGUUAGUUUGAGAAAUCUCGGACAGUCAAUGCUUGAGAAUAUCCAGGUGAUUGAAUCAGUCUUUCAGCAAGAUCGCGGUCAAGUUGGGACCUUAGAAAACGUUUCGAAAAACGUUCUAGCUGGUAAAGGACAAGUAACAGCCAUGGCAGCUCUCAAAGAGCUUCGGAAAAUCAGCAACCUCCUCUCGGAGAUGUAAAGGAGACGACAUAGAGUAUGUUAAAUAUGUACACAUAGGUUUAGUAAUUUUAAAACGUAUCGAUUGCAGAAUAAUCAAGUCCUAUUCGGCUUCUCAUAUCUCUUGACUGUGAGUGAUUCAAAAUUUUUGUAUGUAUCCCGGAUCUUAUGUGUAAAUACAAAAUCCCCUUCAAGUA